CCGGCACACGACCAGCGCCGUGACUGUUUGCCUUCCGACAGGUAGCGUCGCAGCGCAGGGAGUUGCUCUGCUCAGUUAAAGUAUGUCAGCGACUAGUUAGUCCAGAUAGACAACUUUUAAGGGAGUGCGGCAUUUAGCCUGCCUUCUUAACUGGCGUGGUAGCUCGGUGAGCGUGGACGCUCCCGGUGGUGCUCACGCCGUCUUAGGAUGGGGGGACAAUGGCGUGGCACAAGCUGCUGGACGGUACACCUGAGCGAAUGAGUGCCAAGUUGAACAUGGAGUUUCUGAAGAACAUGAUACCAGGAGGCGCCCAGGUGCCCAAUGCUCAAGGACCUCCCCUCGUGCACGCGGCUGCCUCUCCGCAGGAAGCCGGCCCGCAGCUCAUCCGCAUGAGGAGGAUGGGCCUGCUUCUCAUGGGUGAUACUAUUGUUGAAGAAGACACCGCGGUCCAGGGCGACCCGGUCGUCGUCUCCGCCGGGCCGGUCCGCAGUAGAAAAAAUCACUUCAAAGGAAACAUCCACCGAUUUCGGAAAGCCUCCUUUUUACAGCAUGCUCGUCGUGGCCAGGACUUCAAGGCUUCUGCACCGGUCAGCAGCAGCAGCGUGAGUAGACGGCGCGUCCCCGCUUCGGCGACUCCCCUCCCGUGGGAAAAACACAACCUCGCGGCCAUGUCCAUCAUCACCAUCGACCCCGAGCUCAAGCCCGGGGAGUUCGUCAUCAAGAGCCUAUUCGCCGAGUUCGCCGUGCUGGCCGAGAAGAAGAUCGAGACGGUGAUGGCCGAACCGCUGGAGAAACUUCUGUCCCGGUCCCUUCAGAGAGGGGAGGAUGCACAAUUUGACCAGUUAAUAAGCUCUAUGAGCUCCAUAGCCGAACACUGUUUGCCUUCCCUGCUGCGUACGCUUUUCGACUGGUACCGGCGGCAGAGCGGCACCGAAGACGAGUCGUAUGAGUACAGGCCUCGUUCCAGCACAAAGUCCAAAGGUGAUGAGCAGCACCGGGAUAAAGACUACCUUCUUGAGAGGAGGGACUUAGCCAUAGAUUUCAUGUUUUGCCUGGUGUCAGUGGAAGUUCUCAAAAGGAUUCCUCUUCAUCCAGUGCCGGACACCUUAGUACACGAAGUUCUGAACCUGGCAUUUAAGCACUUUAAACACAAAGAGGGAUAUUGUGGCCCCAACACAGGCAACGUGCACAUCAUCGCAGACCUGUACGCGGAGGUCAUUGGAGUUCUCACACAGUCAAAGUUUUUAGCGGUGACGAAAAAGUUCAACACUGAGCUGGACGAGCUCCGGAAAAAAGAGCAGAGUCCCUACAUCGUGCAGAGCAUCAUCAGCCUCAUCAUGGGCAUGAAGUUCUUCCGGGUGAAAAUGUACCCCGUGGAGGAUUUCGAGGCGUCCUUCCUGUUCAUGCAGGAGUGUGCCCAGUACUUCCUAGAAGUCAAGGACAAGGACAUAAAACAUGCUCUCGCUGGCCUUUUUGUGGAGAUCCUCAUCCCGGUCGCGGCCGCGGUGAAAAAUGAAGUCAACGUGCCGUGCCUGAAGAACUUUGUGGAGAAGCUGUACCAGACCACGUUUGACCUUAGCUCCAGAAAGAAGCACUCUUUGGCCCUGUAUCCCUUGGUGACCUGCUUGCUGUGUGUCAGCCAGAAACAGUUCUUCCUCAACAACUGGCACAUCUUCCUGCAGAACUGCCUCUCGCACCUAAAGAUGCCGUCUAACAACAGCAUCCGAAAGCAGAUUGAGACGCUGCAGAACAAAGACCCCAAAAUGUCCCGAGUGGCUCUGGAGUCGCUGUACAGGCUGCUGUGGGUGUACAUUAUCAGGAUCAAGUGCGAGAGCAACACUGUCACGCAGAGUCGACUACUCAGCAUCGUUUCAGCACUUUUCCCUAAAGGCUCCCGCAGCGUGGUGCCCCGGGACACACCCCUCAACAUCUUUGUCAGGAUCAUCCAAUUCGUUGCUCAGGAAAGACUGGACUUUGCCAUGAAGGAGAUCAUCUACGACCUCCUGUGCGUGGGCAAGUUUCACAAAACCUUCACCAUCAAUCCAGAGAGGAUGAAUAUCGGCCUGCGAGCCUUCCUGGUGAUUGCCAACAGCCUGCAGCAGAAGGACAGUGAACCCCCCAUGCCCACCACCAGCAUCAUCAUGCCCUCUGGCAAUACCCUGCGUGUAAAAAAGAUCUUCCUCAACACCACGCUCACUGACGAGGAGGCCAAGGUCAUAGGCAUGUCUCUGUACUACCCACAAGUAAGGAAGGCCUUGGAUAACAUCCUGCGACACCUGGACAAGGAGGUGGGACGCUCCAUGAGCAUGACCAGCGUCCAAAUGUCUAAUAAGGAGCCCGAGGACAUGAUCACGGGAGAAAGGAAGCCAAAGAUCGACCUUUUCCGCACGUGUGUUGCUGCCAUUCCCAGACUGAUACCGGACGGCAUGAGCAGACAAGAUCUCAUAGAGCUCCUUGCCAAGCUGACCAUCCACAUGGACGAGGAACUCCGCGGCUUGGCCUUCACCUCCCUCCAGGCCCUCAUGGUGGACUUCCCAGAGUGGCGUGAGGACGUGCUGUCGGGCUUCGUCUACUUCAUCAUGCGCGAGGUGACAGAUGUGCACCCCACGCUGCUGGACAACUCAGUCAAGAUGCUCCUGCAGCUCAUCAGCCAGUGGAGGCAGGCGGCACAGAGCAACAACAGGAGCCACGAUGCGCAGAGUUCAAGCAGCAGCCAUUCUCUCUCCAUGGAGCGUUCAUUGCUGGGCGUGCUGCACGUGGUGGAAGGUUUGGCCACGGUUGUGCUCUGCAGCUGUCGCCCUGCCACACGCAGGCUGGCUGUCAACGUCCUGAAGGAGGUCCGUGCACUGCACACUGCACUGGGAAUCGGCAAGGGUGAUGAGGAACUCGCAAUAGAUGUCAUGGAUAGAAUGAGCGCAUCGGUGUUGGAGAGCUUUAUUCAUCUCACCGGUGCCGAUCAGACCAACCUGCUGUACUGUCCCAGCGGCAUCGACCUCCAGUCGCUCGCGGAAUGGAGCUCGUCCCCCAUCAGCCACCAGUUCGACGUGGUAAGCCCGUCCCACAUCUGGGUUUUUGCGCACGUCACGCAGGGCCAGGAUCCCUGGGUCAUCAGCUUGUCCAGUUACCUGCGCCAGGAAAACCUGCCCAAGCAUUGCCCCACCGCGCUCAACUACGCCUGGAUGUUCGCAUACGCCCGCCUGCAGCUGCUGUCUCCUCAAGUCGACAUAAAUAGCCCCAUCAAUGCCAAGAAAGUAAACAGCCUGAGCAGCAGUGACUCCUACAUUAGCCUCUGGCGGAAUUACCUGAUCCUGUGCUGUAGCUCAGCCUCCUCGUCCUUCUCGCCCGGGUGCUCCUCGUCGUCCACGUCAGGCUCCGUCCGCUGUUCCCCGUCCGAGACGCUGGCGUCCACGCCGGACAGCGGCUACAGCUACGAUUCAAAGAUUGUGGGCAGUCCCUCCCCUUCCUCACUGUUCAAACACAUUGUUCCGAUGAUGCGCUCCGAGAACAUGGACAUCACAGAGUCUCUCGUUCUGGGGCUUGGCAGGACCAACCCCGUGGCUUUCAGAGAGCUGAUAGAAGAGCUAAACCCCAUCAUAAAAGAAGCUCUGGAAAGAAGACCUGAAAACAUGAAGCGACGCCGGCGCCGCGACAUCCUCAGGGUCCAGCUGGUCCGGAUUUUUGAGCUCCUGGCUGACGCUGGCGUCAUCAGUCAGAUAGCAAGUGGGGGCUUAGAUGGCGAGAGUCACUCUCUGAACAGCACGCUGCUAGAGUACGUGGAUCUGACCCGGCAACUGCUCGAGGCGGAAAACGACAAGGACUCGGACACGUUGAAAGACAUCCGGUGUCACUUCAGCGCGCUGGUGGCAAACAUCAUCCAGAAUGUUCCAGUGCACCAGCGGCGGAGCAUCUUCCCACAGCAGUCGCUGCGACACAGCCUCUUUAUGCUGUUCAGCCACUGGGCAGGCCCCUUCAGCAUCAUGUUCACGCCGCUGGACCGCUACAGUGACCGGAACAUGCAGAUCAACCGUCAUCAGUACUGCGCGUUAAAGGCCAUGUCUGCUGUGUUGUGUUGUGGUCCUGUCGCUGACAACGUUGGCCUCUCUUCUGAUGGCUAUCUCUACAAGUGGCUGGACAACAUCCUGGAUUCUCAAGAUAAGAAGGUUCACCAAUUGGGCUGUGAGGCGGUGAUGCUGCUGCUGGAGUUGAACCCGGACCAGAGCAACCUGAUGUUCUGGGCCGUGGACCGCUGCUACACGGGCUCCCGUCGCGUGGCUGCCGGCUGCUUCCGGGCCAUCGCCAACGUCUUUCAUAACAGGGAUUAUCAGUUUGAUACUGUGGUGCUGCUGAACCUCAUUCUGUUCAAGGCCGCCGACUCCUCCCGGGAUAUCUAUGAGGUGGCUAUGCAACUUUUACAGGUGCUCGAACCCAAGUUCUUCCGCUACGCCCACAAGUUGGAAAUCCUGCGAACGGACGGGAUACUGACGCCGCCCUCGCCACUUCCGCACCUCUACUCCGUGUCGUACUACCAGCUGUCCGAGGAGCUGGCCAGGACUUACCCGGAGCUCACGUUACCCAUCUUCUCUGAAGUGAGCCAGCGUAUCCAAACGGCACACCCUGGCGGUCGUCAGGUGAUGCUGCACUACCUCCUGCCCUGGAUGAACAACGUGGAGCUAGUGGACUUCAAGCCCGCCACGCGGCGCCCGGAGGACCCCGGCAGUGGCGAGGAAGACGAGGACGGGGAUAUUAUGAUGGUCAACAGCCGAAGAUGGCUACACGGGGAGGGAUGGGGCUCUCCGCGAGCCACCACCAUGGUGCUCAACAACCUCAUGUUCAUGACAGCCAAGUACGGGGAUGAGUUUGCCUGGUCGGAGAUCGAGAACGUGUGGACCACCUUAGCAGACAGCUGGCCAAAGAACCUGAAAAUCAUCCUGCACUUCCUCAUCAGCAUGUCUGGUGUCGGCAGCGAGCCCAGCCUCCUGCCCUACGUAAAGCGAGUGGUGGUGUACCUGGGCCGAGAUAAGACCAUGCAGCUGCUGGAGGAGCUGAUGAGCGAGCUGGAGUUGACGGACGCCGUCAGUUCUGCUGUGGCCCACAUGGACAACCCGCCUUACUACCGCAUCAGCUCCAGCUACAAGAUCCCCUCGGUCGCCUCAGGUACGACAUCCAGCAGCAACACGAUGGUGCCAGGGCACGACGGUCACCAUGACGGCAAGGUCAAAGAUUCUAACACGGAGGACAGUUACACACAUUUGGACAUCUACGGCGGUCUGAACACCAACCUGAAUCGCCAGCACCACCGCCUGGAGUCUCGUUACAGCAGCAGCUCAGGUGGUUCCUACGAAGAAGAGAAAAGCGACUCCAUGCCGCUUUAUGCCAACUGGCGCUUGAAAGUGAUGGAUCACAACCGUCCGGCGCCUCUCCCCUUCCCCCCGACGGGUGGUUGCUGGUCCCCGCUGGUGGAUUACCUGCCAGAGACCAACGGCCCCGCUGUCGCACUGCACAGAUGUAACAUUGCCAUCAUCCUACUAACCGAUCUCAUAGUGGAUCACGGCGUCAAGGUGGAGUGGAGCGCCUAUUUGCACCUCUUGCUGCAUGCCGUUUUCAUAGGGUUCGACCACCAGCACCCGGAGGUGUACGAGCACUGCAAGCGGCUCCUGCUGCACCUGCUGAUUGUGCAGGGUGCCAACAGCAGCGUUCAGGGCGUGGCCAUGGUGCUCCUUCGCAACAGGGAAUUCAACGACCCCAGGGUGCUCACCGUCAAGCCGCCUGCGCCCGACUUCCACUUCACAGGCGUGCAAGAGUUGCUGCCCGACUGUCAGCCGUCGCCAGUGACGGACUCAGGCAUGAGCUCCAGCUCCACGUCGUCCAGCAUCAGCCUGGGUGCCGGUGGCUCCUCCCUGUCCCACAUGUCCCACAUGUCCCACACCUCCCCCUCGCUCCUCAGCGAGGUGGACGCCAGCGCAAAGAAAGACGAGAAGGUCAAAGCGCUGAUAGAGUUCAUUACCUCCAGGAAGCACGGACCACUCUGGAACCACGAGGAUGUGUCUCCCAAGUACCCCAACAUUAAGAGCGCCGAUCAGCUGAGCGUGUUCGUCCGACACGUCAUGGCCGUCUUCAAACUUGCCCAGCCAGUCCUUCCUUCAGGUUUUCAGCUCGACACUCUGCUGAGCGACGUGGCCCUGCAAACAGCGCUCUCGUGCUCCUCCCGCCACUACGCCGGACGCUCCUUCCAGAUAUUCCGGGCACUCAAGCAGCCACUCGCUCCCGCCACCUUGUCCGACAUCCUCUCCAGACUGGUGGAAACUGUGGGGGACCCUGGGGAGGAGGCUCAGGGCUUUGUCAUCGAACUACUACUCACACUGGAGUCUGGCAUCGACACACUGGCAGACACGGUCAAAAACUACGACCUCCUCACCGCCUUAGUACAAACCUCCACCUACGAUCACCUGCUGGGGCCCAAAUUUGCGGCCAACAGGAAGAGCACAGGGCAGCUGAACCUGAGCAGCGGCGGGCGCUACGCGCACAACCGCAGCAACUCCCUACGAGCCAGCUUGAUGGGUGUGUGCAAGGAGGACCGGCGGCGCAGUAACACUCUGGACGUGGCCGACCGCCUCGGGGGCAGCCACGGCAACCUCGCGCGCACCCGCAGUUUAUCGGCGCUGGGCGCCGGCGGGGGCCCGGGCCGGGACGCAGACCCCCCCGUUGACCCCGCCAACCUCAUGGCCACCGUCUUCUGGAUCGCCGCCUCGCUGCUCGAGUCGGACUACGAGUUCGAGUAUCUGCUGGCGCUGCGGCUGCUCAACAAGCUGCUUGGCCAGCUGCCUCUGGAGCGGGAGGAGAACAGGGAGCAUCUGGAGAGGAUACAGGCCAAGCUCAAGUGGUACAGUUUCCCAGGGUUGCUGCAGCUCUUCCUCAAGGGCUUCACCUCCACGUCCACACAGGAGCUCACCAUCCAGCUGCUCAGCAGGCUCAUCAGCGUCUCUCGGCACGCGCUCGUCGACCCCUCGCGACUGGCAGGCUUCCCGCUGAACAUCCUAUGCCUGCUGCCGCACCUCAUCCAGCACUUUGACAGCCCCACGGCCUUCUGCAAGGAGACGGCGGACAAAAUCGCCAAGCUGUGCGCCGAAGACAAGUCGGCCACACUCUCCAACCUGGCUCACAUGAUGAGCCUAUACAGCACCCACAGCUACUCGCGCGACUGCUCCAACUGGAUCAAUGUGGUGUGCCGCUACGUGCACGACGCCUUCGCAGACAUCACCCUCAACCUGGUCACCUACCUGGCCGAGUUGCUGGAGAAGGGCCUUCCCGGCAUGCAGCAGUCCUUGCUACAGAUCAUCUACAGCCUGCUGAGUCAUAUUGACCUGUCGGCCGCCCCGGUCAAGCAGUUCAACCUGGAAAUAAUGAAGAUCAUCGGAAAAUACGUUCAGAGCCCUCACUGGAAAGAGGCGCAGAACAUUCUGAAGCUGGUGGUGUCCCGUUCGGCCAGCCUGGUGGUGCCCGACGACGUGCAGCGCUCGUACAGCAGUGAGUCGUGCGGCUCGCCGGAAAUCGCCUUCACGCGCAUAUUCAACAACUCCUCCAAGGAGCUGCCUGGGAAGACGCUGGACUUCCACUUUGACAUCUCGGAGACGCCCAUCAUUGGACACAAAUACGGCGAUCAGCGCACAGCAACCAGUCGGAAUGGGAAACCGCAGAUGAACGCCGUCACCAGGAGUACAUCCUCCACGUCUUCCGGAUCUAAUUCCAAUGGCCUUGUGCCGGUGAGCUGGAAGAGGCCGCAACUCUCUCAGAGAAGAACCAGAGAGCGACUCAUGAAUGUUCUGUGUCUAUGUGGUCCGGAGUCUGGCAUUCCCAAAAAUCCAUCUGUGGUCUUCUCGUCCAGCGAGGAUCUGGACUCUACCGACCAGCAGACCAGCCUGAUCCCAACCGUGGAGGAGGCGGUGCGAGAGGAGGAUGCGCAGGCGGAGGAGCUGGGCAGCGAGCAGCAGUUUGGCGUCUUCAAGGACUUUGACUUCUUAGAUAUUGAACUGGAGGACGCCGAGGGGGAGAGCGUGGAUAACUUCAACUGGGGCGUCCGGCGUCGCUCUCUGGAGAGCAUGGACAAGGGGGACACGCCGUCUCUGCAGGAGUGCCAGUACGCCGGCAGCACGCCCAGCCUCAACCUCACCAACCACGAGGACACGGACGAGUCGUCCGAGGAGGAGGUACUGAGCGCUAGCCAGAUUCUCAGCCGCUCUGGCCGCCUCAACAGCGACUCGGCCACAGACGAUACGGCGUCCAACCACGUGGACUCCCUGCAGCAGUCCCAGGAGUCGUCGGGCAGCGCCCCGGCCGAGGAGCCCUCCCCGGCCGGGGCGCCCCUCCGCCGUCUGCCCUCCUCCCCCCGGCCGGAUAGCCCCACGUCGGAGACGGCCCGCUCAGACGGCACCGGCAGCCGGCUGCCUGAGGACGGCGUCGGCGUGACCACGGCGACCGACGAGCUGAGCAGCAGCGUCGGCGAGGACGCGGGCUUCGGCGCCGCCCCCCCUCUGCUCCCCCGCCGCCCGGACCUGCGCGAGCUCCAGGAUGCGCGGGAUCGCCCGGAACCUCAGGAGGACCUGGACCCGGCCCCCCCUCCGCCGCCGGCCAUAGAUACUCCGCCGGGGUCCCUCUGUGAGGAGGAACCACAGACUGUCCUGCCUUUGCGACCUCCGGCGGAAACGGAGACGAAGCCGGACCUGGAGCUGGACCUGGACCUAGAACCUGACCCGGACCUGGAUCCAGAUAGCACGUGCGGCUCCGUGUGGGAGGAGGAUGUGACUCAGGCCCUGAAGGAGUUGGACGAGCGCUGUGAGGAGGAGGAGGCCGACUUCUCUGGCAUGUCCAGCCAAGAUGAAGGCGACGCGGACUGCUUCCCCGAGACCCAGGCCUCGCCGCCCCCGUCGCCCUUCCUCUCGGCUAUCCUGGCGGCGUUCCAGCCCGUCGCCUACGACGACGGGGAGGACGCCUGGCGAUGCCACGUCAACCAGAUGCUGUCGGACGCCGACGGAUCCUCCGCCGUGUACACCUUCCACGUCUUCUCGCUGCUCUUUCAGAGCAUCCAGAAGAAAUUUGGCGCCAUCACGCACGCGUCUGUCCACUUCCUCGGCGAGAAGCUCCAACGCGUGGGCAAUCACUUCCUCAGCUCCCUGGAGGUCAUGACAUCGCACUCGCAAUGCCCCACCGUGCUGCUCGACGCCGAGACGCUGGUCUCGUGCGGACUGCUGGAGACGCUCAAGUUUAGCGUUCUGGAACUGCAGGAACACCUGGACACGUACAACGCCAAGAGGGAGGCGGCGGAGCUCUGGCUGGACAACUGCAGGAAAACCUUCGGGGACAAAGACGGCUGCCAGCGGCUCAACACUCACGCACAGCACAUGGAGAGUCUGGCAGAAUUGGAGUUGUGUCGCCGCCUGUACAAGCUGCACUUCCAGCUGCUGCUGCUCUUCCAGGCCUACUGUAAGCUCAUCAGCAGGGUGGACACCAUCAAGAGGGAGGCCGAGGUGACCAACAUGUCGGACGAGCUGAGCGCCCUGGAGACCUGCCUGAAGGCGGCCGAGAGAGGAAAUGACGGCCAGGAGGACGUGCGCACGCCGGACGCCGCCCACGCCAGCACGGAGACGGCCAUCCAGUCGCUGGUUGAGACGCUGAGAGCCCGAGACUUUGGCUCGGCCCUCACCCAAGUCAAAGUCUUUCGGUCGCUGUGGCCCAACGACAUCUUCGGCAGCGAGGGCGACGACGCCGUGCAGACGCUGCUGCACAUCUACUUCCGCCACCAGACGCUGGGCCAGACGGGCUGCCUGGCCGUGGUGGGCCCCAGCCGGGACCUCUCUCAGGCCGGCGGACGCCUCAUGGAGCUCAACCUGCAGAUCCGAGAGGCACUGAGUCGAGCGCAGGCUCCCGGCGGAGGAGGACUGUGACCGGAGGGGCGGGAGACUCGCCGUCUCAAAGGGCUACAAAAGGAUAUGCGGGAAUGAGGAGACUUCUUCAUCACGCCAGACGGACGCUUGGAGCUAGGACAUUCCUCGCGAAGAAUUUGGGAUAUUGGGCAUCGGGGUGACAUUUCUGGAUCAACCGAAAAUGCGCUGUAACCUUAACCUUCUUCCAGAUGUCUACUUCUGUUGCAACAUGACAACACUAGAAGGUCAGUGGCCACUUGCCGACAGGAUAUUCUCAGAGGGAAGUGGCCAUCAUUCAAAUUGAAUUUUGCAAUGCGGCUCCUUGUUAGAAAACAAGUAGUCAAACAUUUAAAGGUCCUAGUGCGUUUUGGGUUCAUCGCGAAAUUUCACACCAAAGCCCAAACUUUCAAACUUUUUUGGAGUAGCGUAUCUUCCCCACACUAAAAAAAAAAAAACCUCAUGCAAGAUUCCGUUUGCAAUAAGUCACACACACGUUGGCAAAGCAGUGGGAUGAUAGAUUUUGCUUUUAUUUUGUCGUUUUUGUACCCCGCACGCCAUCGACGAUACAUUCGUAAGCAAAAAAAAAAAAAAAAAAGCAUGCUUGAAAGAGAGAAAAAGCAGAGUAUUUUUUGGGGCGAAAUGUAUUUUUUACGAGUCAGAGCUUAAUUAACCUCCUCGGUUGUAAAUGUUGGGGUAUUUAACGUCGAGCGCCUGUGGGAAAUCCUCAGGGAAGUAAGUGUAAAAAGAGAAACAUAUAUAGAGAGAUAAAUAUCUGCCCCGUCUAACCAAAUAAGCAGCUGCCUUUAGAGGCUGUGUGAUGCAUAGAUAUGCACACAGCUCAUAACUUAUUUUACUCUGUAUAUAUUUUAGAAAGUGUAAAAGCAGUAUUUUUCCCUUCCUUGUACUUAAUGCACUGCAGAGGGUGCCAUGCUCAUGUGAUGAGUCAUUCAUAACCCAACUUUUUUUUAAUUCCAUGGUGGGACAAGCUGCCUUUUUUGUGAUGUCACAGCCUGGAAAAAGGGUGUGAGGGCUCUACUGUAGCAUCCGUAUCCCACCACAUGCAUUCCUUUGCUCUUCCGCCUCACAAUCCAAAGAUACGGAAAGGAGACCGUUUUCCAUUUGUCCGCCAACCAAGCAGAAUUCUUCACCCCUCCCUGACGGUCACUGCUUGUCUGGUACAUUCUGAAUGCUGUUCAUUAUUUAAAGAUUGACCUGGGAGAGCUUUUAUUUUAGAGGUGCAGAUUUUUUUUUUUUUUUUGUUCACUCACAUACCAGCCUUCUUUCUGGAUGAAUAAAAAUCUAAUAUGUUCCAAGA